AGAGAGCAGCGGAAAAGAGAGAGCGAGCGGAAAGAGAGCGAGAGAAAGAGACUGAAGAAGAAAGCGGCAAGAAGGCGAAGAGAGAAGAGCGAGCGAGACGGAAAGAGAGAAGAGAGCGACGAGCGGAAAGAGAGAAGAGAAGCGAGCGAGCGGAAAAGAGAGAAGAGCGAGCCGGGCGGAAAGAGUGCGAGCGAGAGCGGAAAGAGAAAGUGCGACGAGCGGAAGAAGAAUCUGGCGGGCGGGAGAAGCGAGCGAGGAGAGCGGAAGAAGCCCAGCGACGAGAGCGAGGAAAGAAGAAGCGAGACGGAAAAGAGAGAGCGGAAGCGGAAAGAAGCGAGGAGCGGAAGAGAGCGAGAGCGGAAGAGAGAGCCGGGAGCGGAAAGAGAGAAGCGAGAGAGGAAAGAGAGGCGAGAGAGAAGAGAGAGCGGGGCGGAAGAGAGAGAGGGAGGAAGCGGAAGACGACGAAGCGGAAAAGAACGGCAGACGGAAAAAACAUGGAAAGAGAGCGCGAGAGAGAGCUGUAGACUGGAAAGAGAGCGCGAGAGAGAGCGAGAC